CCUCCGCGCCCCGCAGGCCCCUUCCCCUCGGCAACCGUUGGCGGGGCUGUGCAAGCAGCGUCGCCCAUAAGCUGAAAAACUGGCCAGCACAAUGGGAAAAAAACAGAACAAGAAGAAAGUGGAAGAGGUCUUAGAGGAAGAGGAGGAGGAGUAUGUGGUGGAGAAGGUCCUGGAUCGGCGAGUGGUAAAGGGCAAAGUGGAAUAUCUGCUGAAGUGGAAAGGCUUUUCGGAUGAAGAUAACACGUGGGAGCCAGAGGAGAACCUCGACUGCCCAGACCUCAUUGCAGAGUUCCUUCAGUCCCAGAAAACUGCACAUGAGAGCGAGAAGUCUGAGGGAAGCAAACGCAAAGCAGAGUCUGACACAGAGGAUAAAGGGGAGGAGAGCAAACCAAAGAAGAAGAAGGAGGAGUCAGAGAAACCGCGAGGCUUUGCCCGGGGAUUUGAGCCAGAGCGAAUCAUUGGUGCCACGGAUUCCAGCGGGGAGCUCAUGUUCCUGAUGAAGUGGAAGAACUCUGACGAGGCUGACCUGGUCCCUGCCAAGGAAGCCAACAUCAAGUGCCCGCAGGUGGUCAUCUCGUUCUAUGAGGAGAGGUUGACAUGGCAUUCCUACCCCUCAGAGGACGAUGACAAGAAAGAGGACAAGAACUAACCCCUGGCACCCGCUCUGGCCAGCCUUUGUAUAAAGAUCUGAACUGUGGGUUUGAGCAAGAGGGAGAGAACGCAGCUCUGCUCGGUUGGGAGCGUAGAGAUGGCUGGAGAAGAUGCCCUUUGAAGAGACCAGUAUGGUUUCUGUGCCCUGCAGCUGCUCAACUGCUUUAUGCAGCUUCAUGCUGUGUACAGAUUCAAACCAG